CUUUACUGAAACUGCAUGGGUGUGGUUAGGGGUUUUCGGAAAGUUAGUUGUUCUGUUUUAAACAAAAUGUACACGCUAAUUUACACAACAAUAACGGUCUAGGUUGACGACUUUAAAUAGCCUUUUCAACCUAUAGGACUCUGCAUAAGCCGUUCCAGUAAAAAAUGCAUUUCGUCGUCAACAGAGGGAAACUAUGCCAACGAACUCUGGCCUGUACAUUGGUUGUUACACUAUGCUCUCGGGUAUCUAAGCACUCUAUAAAGUCCCUGCGCGCAUGCAGCUCAUCAGUCCAGGUUCACCCUUCUCACAGCCAGUGACAUCGAUUAUAAGACCCUAUACUGCGUUGUAAUGGAUUUGGGUAAUGGUCUACUCUUCCGACAGCUAUUUGAGUCAGUGAGCAGCACAUACACAUAUUUAUUGGCUGAUACAGACAACAAGGAGGCCAUACUGAUUGACCCAGUACUAGAGACUGUUGGCAGGGACCUGAAGCUCAUAGAUGAACUGGGGCUCAAUCUGAAACUGGCAGUGAACACUCACUGCCAUGCAGACCACAUUACUGGAACAGGACUACUGAAAAAGAGAGUGUUGGGAUUGGAGAGUGCCAUAUCCAAGCACAGUGGAGCUACUGCUGAUAUUCUGCUGUUGGAAGGGGACAAAAUCCCCUUUGGAAAGCAUUACCUGACUGUGUGCGAGACUCCGGGACACACAGAUGGAUGUAUUACAAUUGUGAUGGGGGACAAGAGCAUGGCCUUCACAGGGGACACACUCCUCAUCAGGGGUUGUGGUAGGACAGACUUCCAGCAAGGCUGCGCCAAGACCCUUUAUGAGUCUAUCCAUCAAAAGAUCUUCACUCUACCUGAACAAUGUCUAAUCUAUCCUGCACAUGAUUACAAAGGUCAGACAGUAUCUUCUGUGUGGGAGGAAAAGAGGUUUAACCCCCGCCUGACCAAGACCCUGGAGGAGUUUGUCAACAUCAUGGCCAAUCUGAACCUCUCCAAGCCGGCUAAAAUAGAUAUUGCUGUUCCUGCAAAUCUGGUGUGUGGACUUCAUGGAGACUAAGUCCUUCAUCACAAGUUAAAUUUUUACAAUUCAUGAUAUCCAUGCAAUAUUGUACAGGGUAUAUAUAUAUGCUUAGAAUUGAUUAACAUG